AUGCUUCCAACUCAUUUUCAUGAAGCUUUGAUGGUCUCUAAGCAAGGUCAGAGUGAUCCUUCAAUUGUGUCACAGCACACAAACCCUAACCUAUUUGAGACUGAUAAUUCAAGAACCUUUAAUCAAUUCUCUCCAUCAGCUCCAGUCUUAUCUCAACCACCAAUUUCAAAUGUCAUUUCCCAACAUCAGCAUCCUGGUUUCACAGCCAAUCAAGGAUUUGCUAGACCUGAUUUUACCUCCCCUCAACAACAGCAAUCUGGAUACAAUUCUGGACCUAUAUACAAUUCUGGCCCUGGAUACAAUGCUACUCAUGGAUACAAUACUGGACCUGUUCAAACUUCAAUAGAAGGUCAAUCUCAUGAAUCUGCCCAAGCUCUGUUAGCAACUAGAGUUAUGCAUGGACCGUGUGUCAACAAAUUUGUUCCUACAACAUAUAGUUCUGUAAUGCCAAAUGCUCAAACUGGUUAUCAUGGACAAUACAGUUAUGUUCCAUCCAAUCUUGGAGGUUCUCAGCAAUCUCACUCUAACAGAUUCUUCAGUAAUGAAACAAAACAUCAGAAUCAUGCACCAACUUCAGUUGGAACCACCAUGGCUACACCACACACUGUGACAGAUCAGACAUGGUAUGUAGACUCUAAAGCUACAAAUCACAUGAUUUCUGACCUCAACAAUCUUGUCAUCCAAGACAACUAUCAAGGAGGAGGAGCAGUCCAAGUGGGAAAUGGACAAACUAUCCCUGUCUCUGUGUCCCUUUUACACUCCCAAACUUCUCCUAGAGUUUUACUUCUCAAGAAUAUGUUAUGUGUGCCUCAUAUAGCAAAAAACUUACUAAGCAUAUCUCAAAUUACUAAAGACAAUGGUGUGAUCAUAGAAUUUCACUCUGAUCAUUGUCUUGUAAAGGACAAAUGGACUAAAGAGGUACUGCUUCAAGGAACCUUACAAGAUGGCUUGUACCAGCUGCAAGUUUCCUUGCCAAUUGCUGCCUCCAACUCUAACUCCCUUGCAUCUUGA